AUGACACCGGCGUUGCCAGCAGAAGAGAUAGUGGCGGUGAAAAGGGCAGCACUAAGGCUGAGAAGGGCGGCCCUUCUUCCGGAUUGGAAAAAUCAGUCCAUCACAAAAACAACUGGUUUACCUCAAUUUAUUGAUAACCUGACUGCUGGAUCCUUAACCACAAAACCAAGCACAAUACGAGAAAUCCUCUUCCUCUUCCUACUCCUUUUAUGCGCAGCAAAUUUGUCUGGGCCUUUCUCAGAGGGCCGGGCAAGGCCCAACAACCCCAUACUGGAUGAUGACGAUGUUCUGGCCUUCUUAUCAGCCCAUUUCAAUGGCAUCUCAUUCACAACAACACUUAUAUCAUCCGAAUCAUUAAGACGCACAACAUUCUUCAUCUGCUCGAGCAUUUGGCACGUCCAGGCAGCCGAAAUGUCCAGCUCAACCGAAUCAUCCAUCGGUUUUCUCCAGAGAUCCAUCAAAAUAUUCAUAAACGAUUUAUACGACAUCAUGGGCCCACGAUUUUCACACACCAUGUUGACCUUAAUGACGUGCUUGCACAGAUUUCCUUGCAUUGACCACUCACAGUCACAGUGGGCAAAUUCCGAACCAGGAUUCCAAACAACCCUCAUCAAGCUGCCGUCUUUCUGGCUGACAACUUUCGCAAAAAGACGGUCUUUAUCGUCAAAUGAGACGUUGUGA